AUGGCUAGUUCUCCCUCCACAUCGAGACGAGACUCUCACCGUACUCUUGCACCAAUUCUCCGCCUUCCCUUGGAGCUGCGCCAGGCCAUCUACUCCUACCUCCUCCCUGCCGAGAACGUCUCGCACCCACUCCCCUCAGUCGGCAUAACGAGCGUCUCCAAUCGUCCACCCUCUUCUUCACUCCUGAACAUCUAUCCAACCCUCACCGACGAGAUCCUCGACUAUUUCUACCAGAUAUCCACAUGGAAACUCGUCUUCUCCCACGCUUUCAACUUCUUCCGAGUCGAUCCCGAACUACGUAGGCUGGAACAAUCUCCGAGCUUGGCUAGUAUAAGAAAAGUGGAAGUUGUGUUCUUUUGUGAUAUCCUACUCUUGCAGAACUAUCCGUCGUUUGGAAUCGAGAGCUUCUGUGAGGAGAUCAGAAGGAGGGCUAGCCGGGCAUGUGAUGUCUUGAAUCAGGCGCCGAAAUUGAGAACGGUCGUAGUGAGCUGGUGUGACUCUACACAGACGGGCAACUGGCCGGAGAAGGCGAAAAUCUUGACACCGCUGAAGAAGUUGAAUUGUGAUGGCAUGGCGAGGAGGGAUAGACCGGUGACUUUCAAGAUCGGAAAGAUCAAUGGGCAGGAAGAUUUGAAAAGAGAAGACUUCGUGGCGGCUUUGAGGGAUGUUCUGGGUCCUGAUCAACAGUUGGAUGCCGGCAGUGAAGGGACCGAUGACCCGAGUUCGAGCUUGCGAAUGUUGGCAUUUGAUGUGAGGCAGGAGAGGCACCGCCUGUCCAGCAAUCCAGGAAGCAUUCCAGUUGCAGUUGGACGAAGUGGCUGGAAAGGUGCUCCGCCAUUGAUGGAAGCUCCCUUAGAAGAAGAAGAAGAAGAAAAAGAUGUCGAAGACUCCGAUCCUCUGCCGGAUGUUUCGAGCAGCUCAAACUAG